AUGAGUCCUAGCCUAGCUGCUCCUAGCUCGACAAAGGAUGUGAGGCCAAUGGCAACAAGUCACAAUAAGUUGUCCCCAAGGCCACAGAACGUUCUGGUGGAUUCAACUGGCCGAAACCUAAAGCUUGCGGACUUUGGCCUUGCUCGGCUUUUCUCGGUUCCUUUGCGAGCUUACACUCAUGAGGUGGUGACGCUUUGGUACAGAGCACCAGAGAUCCUUCUGGGGCACAGAAAGUAUGCAACACCAACCGACAUUUGGUCCUUGGGCUGCAUUGUUGCAGAGAUGGCUACUGCGGAGGUCCUUUUUCCCGGAGAUAGCCAAAUAGACACGAUCUUCAAGAUCUUCCGCCGUUUGGGGACACCCUCUGAUGAGGUUUGGCCCGGCUUCAGCACACUACGCAAUUUUUCUCAGGAGUUUCCAAAGUGGAGCAAUACGGAACUAGUCGAUGUGCGAUGCAAAGCACCUGCGCUUGGGCCUAGAGGUGUGGACAUGAUCAAUGCGUGCCUCAGGUUCAAUCCGAUAGAUCGACCUUCUGCUAAGCAGCUGUUGCAGCACAAAUUCUUCGCUGCAGGUGAAGAGGCUGGGUUAGCGGAAGCAGAGCCUGUCAUCCACCGGGACAGCAGGCAAUUGUCAAGGGGGACAAUGUCUGCUGGAUAG